AUGGGGGAACAGGCACUUAUUCAAGGACCCAGCCAGCUAUCUCCGCUGGAGUGGAUUAUGCCACGGUCCUACAUCAGCCAAAUCCUCUGCUUCCCAUCGUCGAACCCUCGAAUAUCCGAAGUCCUCCGAGAUGGUCUCGCGGGCACAUUAAAAGAUGUCCCAUAUCUCGCCUCCAGGAUAGUGGCUCGAGCUCAUCCCAAGGGAUCCGUUGCUCUGAGCUCGCCGUGUGACUCACUGAAUGACUUAUUCCGCGUCAACACCUACACGGAUGUUGAUUACGAUGCUUUGAAGUCUGGUGCUUUUCGACCGUCUGUUUUUGAUGACCAGAGCUGGUUUUCUGCCGAUCUCAGUCCGGCCAAUACAUCCCCUAGCCCUGUUUUUCGCGCAGUCUUAUCGCUGGUGAAGGGAGGGUGUCUGCUUGCUGUUAGCCUACAUCACUCGACGGCUGAUAUCACAGCAUACGGCUCAUUGUUGAAGAUAUGGGCAUGCCAUUGUAGGACGGGCUCUUCUGAAGGCGUUGAUUUCGACCAGAGUUGGUUAGAUCGCACGGCGAUAGUGAGAGGCUCUCAUGAUGCGCCUGCUGAUUCGCCGCUGCUUCUUCACAAAGAAGAGGCUGUCCUUUCUGGCCAACCAUCAAAACCUGCAAAGAUGGAGACUGAAUAUCUCAAAUUCUCUGGAGAGUAUUUAAAGCGUUUGAAAGCCGAAGUGAACAACCAUUUACCUAAUGGAACCGCAUGGGUAUCUACAAGCGAUAUACUGACUGCGAUCCUCUGGGGCUCUAUUAUCCAUUCUGAAUUUCUAGAUGAUGAUAAUACUACUGCAGAUGGUAAAUAUUUCAUGCGUACGGCUGUUAAUUUCCGCAGUCGCUACGAACCACCACUUCCCAGGGAAUAUCUCGGCGCUUCCUUUGGGGUGACCCUGGUAGCCGCAAAGAAAGCCGACCUUGUCGCCAUUGGAAGCUCAACCGAACAGAAAAUCUUCACGUCAGAAAUCGCAAAUAUUGCAGCAGCUGUACGGCAAAGUAUCAACAUUAUUAAUGGGCAAAGCAUGAACCGCGUCGUCAACCAUUUGGCUUCUCAGGCAGAUGUCACAACUCUCAAAUUAUGCGAACAGGCUGCAGAUGUCUCAAUUGUCUCUUGGGCAGAUGAGGGAGUUUACGAACUCGAUUGGGGCGUUGAAAUGGGGCAUUGUGAAGCUGUAAGACUGUCAUCGCUGAAAGCGAAGCGGUAUCCGGUGGUAUUUCCCAGACUUCCGAACGGUGAUCUUGAGGUUCUUGUUACUUUUGACCAGGAGUUGAUGAGUAAAUGGCAAAAGGCGCACGAACGGAGCCCAUGGAAAGCAUAG